CGUUUUUAUCAUCGGAUCAGGGUCUAAGUGGAUCGAUCCGUGGGUCGACCGGCGGGUUGACAACCUUGGUCUACGAUAUAGCACAAAAAACUCGACCUCGGUGGAGAUUUGUCGGCGACGGCGGCUGCAAGGAGCGAAAGUACCAUCAUGGGGAAAAAGAAAGAGAAGAAACACAGGCAGCAUGCUCCAAGAACAGCUUCUUAUUACUACGAGGACAACUAUGGCAAUGGCGGAGAAGAGAACGACCGCCCAGAAGGCGUAAUUGCUUCUUCUGCUCUUUCUGAUCAAGAUAAAGACGACGACUUCCCAGAAGACAAUGAGCAAGACGAAGCCAACCCAUCAGGAGAUAUUCCUUCAAAGUAUCUCCUUUACCAGCAGUCCGUACAGUCACCCAAAGGAGACAUAAGCUAUUUGCAGAAGUUCUUUCUGAUGUAUGUGGGUGGGAGAGUGCCUCUCCAUUUCCAGGAAGAUUUCUGUGGCACUGCUCUUCUUAGUACAGAAUGGCUGAGGGGUGACUCGAGGCGGACUGCAGUCGGAGUGGAUCUGGACCUGGAGGCACUCGAAUGGUGCACAGAGAACAACAUAAAUAAAGUUGGUGCUGAUGUAUGUUCCAGAAUAUCCCUCUUCCAUGGCAAUGUAUUGCAGCCUCUUGAGGCGAAACUGUUGAGGAUUGAAUCCGAAGAACUGAGCAUCAGCACUAUUAAGUUGGAAGAGGGUGGAACUGGAGAGGAGCCUGUUCCAACUGGCGAUGUUCUCGAUUCUUCUACCAAAGCAGGUUUGCAAUGUUCCCCUGAUGACAAGUACUUGAAGAGAAACUGUUCCCUACCAGCAAGAGACAUUGUGUGUGCUUUCAACUUCAGCUGCUGUUGUCUCCACAAACGGGCAGAACUUGUUUUGUACUUCAAGAAUGUUCUUGACUGCUUGUCCAGGAAAGGUGGGAUCUUUGUGAUGGAUCUGUAUGGUGGUACUUCAUCCGAGCAAAAGCUGAGGCUUCAGAGAAGAUUUCCUAAUUUCACGUACAUGUGGGAGCAAGAUGAAUUCGACAUAGUUGCACGGAAAACAAAAAUCAGCCUCCAUUUCCAUCUCCUGAAGCAGCAGAGGAAAAUCCGCCACGCCUUUUCAUACAGCUGGAGACUAUGGUCAUUGCCAGAAAUCAAAGACUGCCUAGAGGAGGCAGGGUUCCGGUCCGUCCAUUUCUGGCUCCGCAAGAUGCCAGACGUGGAGGAAAGCAGGAGCACGCAAGGGUUCGGUGCAGGACGAGACAUCAAGUACGAGGAGGUCCAGAAGUUUGAGCAAGAGGAUUCCUGGAACGCAUACAUCGUCGCUGUUGCAAACUAACGAACCCCUCUGCUUGGUUCGCCCUUUUUGUUUCAGAACAAGUAACUGACAUUGUUAUCUUUUGUUACAACAUUGCCAUUUUCCAAAGAUUUUAUGGCAUCUUAAUCUGUAGAACUUUAUGUUCUUGAGUCGCAAUUUCCAGAACAGCUUUGGAUGGUUUAGAGUCUGUAUAGAAUUCUCGUCAGCUUGGUGAUCAUCUUUGGACGCUUUAGUGUGACUAGCGCGGUCCAAAAAGCGGCCAUUUCAUUUGAUCAUAACCGCGUGGAGAAUGGAACUAGCUGCAGCAGCUUGGAAGAGACCGCGACAGGCUGGGUAAAGGAAUCCGUCCUCCUUUGCCUUCUCUGCUCGUUAAAAUACUGGUCAUUGUUUUUCUACAGCCAACGAACAUUUUUCACGC